UCAUCAGGUUGAAAAAAAAAAAUUUAAUGUCGGAACAAAAUUUAUUCGACUCUCAUUUCCUUUAACACCGGCUACUUCCGGUUACACCGUCGUCCACGCGAUUUCUCUUAGUUUCGGGUUUGGUUCAAUUCUGAAUUGGAACCUUCCCAAAAUGGGGGACUUUAAAGUUCACCAAGUCAGGUUUUUCUCUCCCAAAGUACUGGGGAUCCAGUGUUUCUCUUACAAUGAGUUAAAUAAAAAGCUGGCUUUAUCACGAACUGAUGGCUCCAUAGAAAUUCUUGGAAACUGGUACAAAGAAAAGGUGAUUCCCGGUGACAUUGACCGUCCGGUUGAAACGAUCAUCUGGGUUUCCAAUCGACUGUUUUCCGCAGGAGGCUCCGGAGAAGUUGUAGAAUAUGAUCUUGUCAAACUUGAACCAAAAACGAAAGCCCAUUGCAACGCUGGUCCAAUUUGGUGUUCGGUGAAAAAUCACUCAAAUACUCGGAUUGCUGUUGGCACAGACGGAGGUUGUGUGGUUUUAUUCGAUGUGGAGGAUGGUUGCUUGAAUUAUCUGAAAACCUUCAGCAAACAGGAAGGUCGAAUUCUUUGUUUGGAUUGGCACCAAGCUGAAGAAAUCAUCGUCACUGGUGGAAUUGAUAAUAUUCGUGUGUGGAAUGCCAAUUCAGGAAUUGCAGUGGAGAGGUUCACCAUGAAGAGACACAAACAGAAACAGACCAUUGUUUGGUGCAUCAAAAUUUUAGCCAAUUUGACUGUGGUCAGUGGGGAUUCGCAGGGCAGAAUUACAUUCUGGGAUGGCAAAUACGGCACAGAAUUAAUGAGUUUCUUUAGCCACAGGGCGGACAUUCUGUGUUUAGCUGUCAGCGAGGAUGAGAAAACUGUGGUUUGCAGUGGUGUCGACCCAAAACUUAUUUGGUUUGAGCUCCUGUCAGAAGAGAUGGAUGGUUUACCUGCUAAAAAGUUAAAGGGCAAGUUUGGGGCCGCUCUUGCUGCUCGUGGACAGAGUAAAUGGGUUCAGUCUUUUGCCAAGAGCUUCCAGUCCCAUGAUGUCAACUCUCUGGUCUUCAUCGAAGAUGAGCUUGUCAGUGGAGGAGCUGAUUCUUUCAUUUCCCUUAUUUCACCCAAGAAGAAAUGUUUCAAAUACAGUGGCAUUCCUCACAAGAAAUUGGCCCACACUGCUUCCGAUGCCAACGUGUUGUUGUUACAAUAUCCCACUUACCUUGAAAUUUGGGAAUUGGGACAAGCCUCAGGGAAAACAGGGGAUCAAGAAAUCCUAACCCUGGAAAAACAUCCAAGAAACCAGGUCCAGCUGAAGAGCAAACACGACAAACCUGUCGUUUGUUGUGCGUUAACGAGCAAUGCCAAGAUGGUGGCAUAUUCUACAACAACAGAGACUCGUAUUUAUUAUUUAAACCUGGUUACUGACCGAGUCAGUUUCCUUCAUCUCCGACAGUCAAACACGAGAAACACUUCAGCAGCAUGUUGUUACCUGCUCAUCAAAUGGUCUUCACUCGUGACUCUUCCAAAUUUAUUCUCGCUACAAAUGCUGGAACAUUACAAAUCCUUCAUUUCAAAGACAGAAAUAACCUGCAUCAAUCCAGCGAAAGGAAUCGCAGAGUCCAUACACCUGCUGGAAGUGAGCAGCGACAGCCGAUAUGUUGCAACAGCAAAUAGCAGUCAAGAGGUCAAUGUCUUUGACACAGUUUCUGGAGAGCACGUGACCUCAGUGCCCCCCCAGAGGGUGAUGCCGACUGCCAUGGCGUUCCAUCCGUUGUUACCGACCCUGUUCAUUGUCUACAGCAACAUGCAAUUUCGAGAAUUUGAUUUAACAGAAAACAACUUCACUCGUUGGUCGAAACGAAUCAAGAAAACCUGGCAUUCUCAGUGGCUUUCAAGACGGAGGAAAAUCACCAGCGUCAACUAUAAUCCAUUAAACCCAAACCAGUUAAUCCUUCAGGAUGAAGAGAUGAUCUGUCUGCUUGAUAAAAACCAGCCAUUCCCAAACCCAAAGGUUCAUUUUAAAUCAUUUGGUCACCAAGGAUCACGCGGUGAAGCCCAUGCUUUUCAUAUCGUAAAUAAAUUCAGGUAUAUUCUUGGAAGCAGCUUCUUAAGGAAUGGGCAAAUGGUUAUUGUAGAAAAAACUCCAAAGGAUUUUGAAGACGAUUUAUUGCCUGUUUUAAGAGUCAAGAAAUUUGGAAUGGGAUAAAUUUGAGGGAACAAUAAAAUUUAAUUUUUCAUAUUUUUACUA